CACCCUAGUAUAGUGUAUUUUUGUGAAUGGAUUGGAAAAGUUGUGUCAAUUACGAGGAAUAAAAAAUAUUUUAUGGAAUAAAUACAAAAAAUCUUAAGAAAAUUUAACGUCAAGCUAAAAAUUAGGACAUUUACAAGCUACUCAUUAACAUUAUUAGCAAAUAUUUAAUAUAUUUAAGUGCAUUUACGUGGAAGUAUUGAAGCUUGGCAGUUGUAGAAAUAAUACACACAAUAAGUACGAGUUAAAUUAAACCAGCAUUCUUCGGGGUGUGUACGCUUGUUGUUGUGCGAAUUCAAUACAUUUCUCACCCUUUCCUGUUUGUGUUUUGUUGCAACUUCUGGUGCUGUGCCUCAAGUUUUUUUGCUGCUGCAGAAGAGGUCUUGCAUUUUGCUUAAGCCAGGCUUAUUAUUGUACUAAGUGGUUGUUGAUUUAAAAAUGGUCAAUGUACCACCAAUACCACCAUUAUUAUGCAGUACACCACCGCCCAUUGAUUUUGGUGAAGAUGAUGAAUAUGUGGAUGAAUUACCGCCCACUCUUGACGGUGUGGUCGACGAUGAUUUUGGUGACUUUCUUACCGUUGAUGAUGCAAAUACCAAUGAACCUCUGCCUUCACCACGACCACCUUCGGUAUGUGAUUUACCAGCAGUCAGUAUUUACGAUGGCUUAAUACCGCCCCCAGAAGAAAACCUUAAAAAUCACGCAACAAUACCCUCGUCACCAACGCCACCACCAACACCAGAAGAUAGUAAAAUAAGCAAAAAUUCUAAAAAUACCACAAAAUCUAUAAACAUAACUGAGGCAUUUAAUUUUAAAGUAAAAAGUACAUACGAAGAGGAAUCUAAAACCCUUGAACCAAAAGGGGAAAGCAAUAAUUCCUCAAUGGAAACUAAAGCAACAGAUGGCCAACCUAACACAGAAAGUCUACAAAUAGAAACAAAUGAUUUAGAAAAACUAAAUAGUCAAAUGGAAAGCCUAGACAUAAUUCAAAAUCCAACAGCUACCCCCGGUUUAAGUAAAAAUGUAAAAGAUUUAACCAUUGAAACUUCAAACAAUGAAGCCAAAUGUAAUAGUAAUAAAACGAAUCUAAACUGUAUGCAAAAUAUGGUGUCCAUUGAGGAUAUAGAAGAUGAUUUAAGUGAUGACGAAUUGUAUUCACCAAAAACACCGAAAAAUUUUAUUGAAACUGAUAAUUUAAAUGAUUAUUUUAAAAUCGAGGAGAUAAAAACAACCACGAACACGGGGAAUUUAACAAAAGUUAAUUCUAAGGAUGUAGAUGCUAAAUCUUUGGAUUCUUUAGACAAUAAUGAAUCUGCCUCCAUUGGAAAUGAUAAUGACAAUGAAUUUAAGUCAUUCUCCAGCAAUAGUUUUAUGCAAAACAAUUACGAUAUGCCGCCACCAUUGCAGGACGAUACGAACAGUAUCGAUGAUGAUGAUUUUGGAGAUUUUGCAGAUUUUCAAGAUUUUCAAGAUUUCAGUACGUCCGUGACACCUGCAGAAACUCAAUAUUUUGUUAACAAUACAGUACCUGUCAGUGACAUUAAUAACAAGCAACAACAUAAUGACGAUUUAGAAUUUAAUGGUUUUAAUGAUUUUAACAAUUAUAAUACAACUAGGGAAACUACAAAUGUAAAUACUAAUAACGAAAAACAGGAAGAUGUUGAAGAAAAUAACACCUUAAAAGAUUCUAAAGCGGAAGAGUCGGAUAAAUUUGAACUGUAUACUUCACACUCUAACGCAUUACCCGACAGCAUAGAAGAACGUUCCAAACAAUAUACUUUAGCAAACGAAAUUAUAACUCAGGAAAUGCCACAAGAUAAUAAUAGUAAAAACAUUAAUAAAGUAUCAUCAACUGUUGAAAACCCCUCAGAAGAUUUUAAUGAAGAAAAUAAAGAAAGAUCCCAUUUAGAUAAUAGUUUUGGUGAUUUUAAUUCAGCCACAGUUAACAAAGGACAUGAUAAUGACGAGGAUGAUUUCGGUAAUUUUGCUGAAUUUUCUAAGCCUACUCAAAAUUUGCUUAGAGAAAAUACAGAAGUUUUAAAAAAUAUUGAGGAACCAAAGGAAUGUUCCCCAAAUACUACAAAUGAUGAGGAAUUUGAUGAUUUUGCCGAUUUCGAAUCGCAUGAAGUAAACCUCAAUACGGAGCAAACAGCUAAUGAAGCUCAUACUUUUACUAAUAAUGAGGAUCACAAUGUUCCAGAACUAAAUGACGUGGAAGAAGAUGAUGAUGAUUUUGGUGAUUUUAAUACAGCCCAACCCAUAACACCAACUGCCUCUAGCCUAACACUAACAAAAACUAGUCAAAAUAUCACCGCAGCAACAACGGCUUUACCACCAACACAUAAUCUCAAUGAACGCAUAUCGAAAAUUUUACAAUUAAUGUUUACUCCGGCCAUAACUCAAGCAGCUGAUGAAAGUGCCGAUGAACUUAAAACCGAUAAAAUACAAGAUAUACCCUUCACAUCCAUUGAUGCGGCAAAAGCUUUAGAAUAUCAAUGGUUAAACUCGGAUACACGUCAUUCGUUUAUAAGAGCUUUGGGAAUAGACUCGAGAAAUAUUCUUUUUGGUGAAAAUUGGAAUCCUUCAUUGCCCCGUUUUGCAGCUAAUCUGAGUUUUAAUCCUUUAAAACCUAUGAAACCUGUACAAUCCUCUAGCAGUGCAGCUGAUUCUAAUACAAUGUUAGAGCCCAUACCAAUCAUCUCAGAGUCAACUAAAACUUUGGAUGUAACAGGCAGCGUUAAAAAGGAGUCUUUCGAUUUGGAUUGGAAACCAACAAAUACUCAAGAGCAAACAACAGAAGCUUUUAAAGAAACUACUGUAACACCCGUAGCACAGUCUGCAACUCCAAUAACCUCAGUACCUCCUGUAACCAAUGAACCGUCACCAGCAGAACCUGUAUCGUUAACAAUUUUUGAAAAUCCUCUUGAAAAUGAGGAUAAAUUUUCUAAAACUCCACCCAUUAGUGAAAUGGAAUCUAUACCAACUUUUUCGUCUCCCCUACCUACAAACAACUUGGACAUGGAAUUGGAAGCCUCACAGAAUGCUGGCAGCAAUCUUGACGAUUUCGUUAUGAAAGAUAUUGAAGAUAAUUUGAAAAAUACCCUUAACAUAAAUGAAGUUGUGGUAACAUCUACUUUCACAGGAUCAUUUAAAGAAACUCACAUUUAUACACCACCCAAAACGAGUGAUUUUGAAGUGAAAACUACAACAGGAGCCUCUACGACAUCGUCAUCACCUUCGAAAGUUUCCCCUAUAGAUUUCGAUUACGAAAAGGCUGCCAUGGGUGUUAUAAUAAACGAAACUGUAGUUAAAAAGGAAUAUAGAGAUGUGGAAUAUAAUCCACCUUUUAGCAUGGAAUCUCUCAGUAAAUCUGUCACAAAUAAAAGUGAAAUGUUUGAAUCUAAUUAUCCCAACAACAGCAAUACAAACAAUAUCAUCGCUGAAACAGAUGUUGCAGUGGGGGAUGAACAGGAAUCUAGUGAUGAUUUUAGCGAAUUUCAAUCAGUACCAACUGAAGUAAUUAUGCCAACAACGAAACCGGUGGCUGUUAACAAUACAAAACCUUUAGAAGUACCUAAACCAACUACAGUUUCUCACGGUGGUAUGAUCUUAAGUCCAGCCAUUUUAAUACCUCAGGCCAUAUCCCUGGAACAGCAGAAACCAAAAAUAGAAUGGGGUGAUUCUACAGCCACUAUAAAUCCUGAAGAAUUGGCACGCAUUGAGGAGUUAUUCCCAGAGCCUAAAUCACUUAAAUCCUCUAAUGGCUCAAAUUCAUCACAAAAAUCAACUCCUACCCACCAAGUGGCCUCCACACCCUCCAUAAGUGCCACCGUAGCCAAUAAGGAGUUGGAAGGCAAUCUUAAUGAUGACGAUGAUGACUGGUCAGAUUUUGUUUCAGUAACCGUUACAAAUAAUGCAUCUGCGAAUAGAUUGGCAAACAAUAAUAAUAUUUUGGCCAAAAGUCCAGCUGGGUCGCCUUUUAAACAAAGAUCUCCUGUAGUAAACCAUAGAAUGCCUCCUGCCACACACCACAACAAUUCCAAUAAUGAUGACGAAUGGUCGGACUUCGUUUCGAGUGCUCCGCCCUCACAGCAGUCUGCCUCAUAUCGAAUUCCUCAGUUUAAUAGUGGUGCCUGGCAGAAUGCUAAUUUCUAUAAUAAUCCCUUAAGUAUGUAUCACAAGGGACCCUUAAAUGUCCCCUCAACAGCUCCAGCAACUAAUCCAACUCAAAAAACUCUUUACAACAACAAUAAUAACUACAACAUCUCUCAACAGCCAUACCAAAUAACAAAUAAUUUACCAUCUCUUAUGGUGGGCAACAACCAACAAAUGCAGCAACCACCCAAUAAUGUCUAUCAGCAACAAAUACAUGUUAUGCAAAACUUCUCAACAGCACCAGUACCUACUCCUGAACGCCUUUCGGCAGCAGCAAACGCCGCCAAAAACAAUCAAUUCCAAUCUAUAGGCUCCGCGAAAGUAGCACCAAGUAUAGCCCUAAUACCAGACUUGGGGUUUGUAGCACCAGCCAUACCCACUCACACCUCGUUCAUCAAUUCUUUGCCCAAACCAAGUAUUAAUACGAAGAAAUGACGUUUGCUCAAUCACAAUCAAACUACACACAAUCACCACCAACAACAACAACUUAACAGCCAAAAUUCCCAACAGCAACAACAACAUUCCCAUUCAAUGAAUCGUUUUCGAAAGACGACUGCGUUGACAACGACCGCCAUGAUGUCGAAAAAUCCGUACCGUUCCAAUAAUGCAAAUGUAUGUGUGUCUAGUUACAGUGAUGAUAUUCUAAUAUAGAACCAAAUUUAAACAAAAAGGAAAAACAGAAACAUAAAUGAUAAUUAGUCCUUAGUCCUUAACUCUCAAUGUGUGUGUAUACUUUUUAACUUGAAUUUGUUUUAACUUAGUUUAGUAUUAACAGAUUUAAAAAGUUUUGUAUAAAGAGAAAAUUGUUUAGUCUGGACAACUUGCUCGUUAUAAUAAAUACUUUUUAACAUUAAAAAAAAAUAAAACAAAAACAGAUCCUCCGCUAUUUAAUAAAACAUUUUAAAGGGAUCAUUUUACGUAUUUUUGUACUUAAUUGUUUUUUUUUUUUUUUUUAAGUUAAGUUUUUAUCCUUAACGCCUGUUUUAGUCUUGUUAAAACCAAAAAAAAACUGCAAAUGUUAUUUUUUGGCAUAAUUUAUUAUGUUUUUUAUUAUUAUUAUGUAUUAAUAUUAAUAUUCGCUUUAGAGUAAAGAGAUUGUAAAUAUUAUAAUCACUAAUUAUUUUUAAUAGUCUUUAGCAAGUUUAAGAGAAAAUGUGUUUGUUUGUUUCCUUGUUUCAAUCAAAUGUACGAUUUUGUUCGUUCUUUUUUUGAAAGCGAAAAUUUAAUGUAAAUUAUGAUUUUUAUUUGUUUUAAAACAUAUGUAUAACCAAAAGUAAUCAUCAAC